AUGAGAUGCGUUGAGAAAUUAACAAGGAAGUCGUUUUAAGGCGCCAAUUUCGUAUCGUCUGUCUGAGUCUGAGCCAGUUUUUCUGUUUAGUCGUUUAUUUUCACUUUGUCGGUUUUUAAUCGACUUUAAAAUAUCGACAAUGUCUGAAAACACGUUCCCGGUCUACACUGCGGACGCUAUAGUGAACUUUUACCGGACAGAAGUCCUCACCGGGCAGGAGGCGAAACACUUCACCAAGAGCGACCUGACUCCUGCGCCCAAGCCAGAAUCAGUUCAAACGCUGUACAUGAGAGUGUUGCAUCUCCUGUAUCGUUUCAGACCCGAGUGUCACUCCAUGGUUCCCCUUCUGGAGAACAUUCAGUAUCCAGUGUAUCAUGAGGGGGCAACUACCAUCCUCAGCGUCUACGUGCGCAUGCGACAGUUUCUGCCCAUGUGUUUGGUGUACGACUUUUCACUGAAUGACCUUCUAGCUCCAAAGAAGCAGAGGACCCUGACUGUUCUCAGUGCCAUCAUGAACUUUCUUCACUUCAGGAAGCAGAGGAUGGACAUGACCUUGGAGAAGCAGGCCAAAUUUAGGGCAGACUUGGACCGGCUGCAGAUUUACAACAAAGGCACUUUAGAAGCAGAGAAGAAGAUCGAGAUGCUGACGACGAUCCCUCCAGAGCAGCAGGCUGAGGCCGACGAGCUGGUGGCUGCUCUCUCCGAGCUGCAGGCCACCACCGCACAUGAAUACCAGGAUGUGAAUGCCAAAAAUGACAGCAUCGCAGAGUGGAAAACCAGGAUUGCAGAGAAGACUCAGAAACUGGCCCAGGUGAAGGUGGACGUCAGCAACCUGAAGGAGGACAUCGGCAAACUCAAGUCUCAGAUUGUGGAGUCUCCAGAGGAGCUGAAGAGUCAGAUGGAGAAGAUGAGGGAGAACGUGAAGAAUAUCAAGACCUCCAUCGAAGGGACGGAUGGGUGUGUGGUGGAGCUGCAGGGCAUGGUGCAGAAUGUGACUCACACCGAGGCUGAGAUCCAGCAGAUGUUCAACCUGCUGCAGGACCUGGAGAGCAGUAUGAACAACACCAAGCAGCGGCAGGAGGAGCACCACGAGCUGACAGCUCAGUACGAGAAGAAGCAGAAGGAGCUGAAGAACCUGUGCAUCGAGGAAGGCCAGCUGAAGCGAGCUCAGGCCAUGAAGCUGGACAAAGAGUCCAAACAGAACAUCCGCAGGCAGAAGAAGAAGGAGAUGAAGGAGCAGCACGUUCAAGAAGUGUUGGGGCAGUGUAACCAAAUCCAUCAGAAGCGUGAAGAGAUGGCUGACAAAAUCCAAGAGAUCUCCAGAGAGACCCAGCAGCUGAAGGCCAAGAUCCAGAGCCUGAGAGACGUCUGCAGCAAAGAGACGGAGAAAGCCCAGGCUCUGUACGACACCCUGUCCACCUCGAUGGACGAGCUGCACUGGAGAAUCGAGACGCACACAGCAGACCUGAAACGCGAUGUCACCAAGAUGUCUGCAAACUUUUAAAAGAUCGUUGAACAUGUUUAUCAUAUUUCUGUGUGUCUUUUAUGUGUGUAACCUUUUGUUGUCUUUUUCACCUUUUUUACUAUUAAAUGUUUAACAUAGAAUUGUAUAUGAAUAAAAGUCCUCUUUGUUAUUGGUUAAUAAAUCUGCGUCAUGUUCUGUGAGCAGCCAAAACUCAACCUGCUUUCUAAAACCUCCAUAAACUUACAAGUCCAGUACAAUAAAACACUGAAAUUAA